AUGGACAACGUCCACGAAAGCCCUCUGGCCCCUACAAGUGGUCAAAGAGGCCCUAAUGCUCUAUACACAAGGCUUUCCACAGAAGCGUUCCGUCUUGUCGUGGUCGAGCAGGGCAGCUGGACCGACCCGAUCCAAUGUUGGCUACGAACGGUCGCCUUCAACAGCAAACAAGCAUACCAGGCCCUGUCUUAUGUCUGGGGCACGUCCAUCUCGAAGUCACCCAUUUCUGUCGACAAACAUGCAGUUCGCAUCACUGUGAACCUCGAGCUUGCCCUGAAGAUGCUCCGCAAGAAAAACAAGGAUGUCGUUCUAUGGAUCGAUGCCCUGUGUAUCAAUCAAUAG